AUGGCAUCAGAUACACAGGAUGAUAUUUCCGAUAAUCAACCCACGGCAGAUUCUCACCCGAUCAUAUCACCUACCACGACCGAGAAAGCGACUUUCAGCGCACAGUGCAAGCCGCACAAAGACGCUAUAAAAACAGUAUUCAUUAUGGUCGCUAUCUGUCUUGCAUCGUUCCCAGCGGCUCUUGAUGCCACCAUGAUUCCUACGGCUCUCCCUACCAUCACGGAAACCUUCCAGGCCUCAGAUUCCUCUUUCGCCUGGAUCGGAUCUUCCUUUUUGAUCGGAGCUGCCGCAGCCAUGCCGCUCUGGAGCAAGACCAGUGAUAUCUUCGGCCGCAAGCCUAUGUUGAUGGGUGCGAGCCUGGCUUUCAUCGCUGGGAGCAUCUUAUGUGCGUUGUCUCGGACGAUUGGCAUACUCAUUCUUGGUCGAGCAGUCCAGGGCAUGGGUGGCGGUGGCCUAAUGGUACUGCCUAACAUUAUCAUCAGCGAUCUAUUCAGCAUGCGACAACGAGGCUUGUUUUUGGCUAUCGUUGGCAUGGUCUGGUCAUUCGCAACAGCGAUAGGACCAAUUAUUGGUGGAUCAUUCACUCAAUAUGUCAAUUGGAGAUGGGUUUUUUUGGAUCAAUGGUCAGUUGCAUUACCCAUAGAGGGCCUCUCUCUUGUUCUCAUUUUCUUCUUGCUUGACAUUCCAAAGCCUGACGUGCCUGUCAUUGAAGGACUGAAGACCAUUGACUGGAUUGGUGGAAUCGCGCUUGUCGGAGCCACGAUCAUGUUACUAUUUGGACUUCAGCUCGGAAGUUCAACACACCUAUGGAAGUCCGCUUCUGUCGUCUGCCUCAUAAUCUUUGAAGCGUUGAUCUUCAUUUUCGCUUUCGUUUACGAAUGGAAAUUCGCCUCAUGUCCAAUUGUUCCAAUCCGCAUCCUGAAGAAUCUAUCGAACCUUGCGACCCUGAUUGUCUGUGUCACACACGGCGUGGUGUACAUUUCAGUCGCCUAUUUCAUGCCAUUGUAUUUCCAGAUAGUGCUUGGUUACGAGCCUUUUCUGUCUGGGCUCUGGGGUCUUAUCUUGACGUUCACGCUUGCCAUUUCUACCGUUGUACCUGGGUUCUACAUCUUCUCAACUGGAAAGUUUCGAGUGCCAAUUUGGAUAGCUGCCAUUUUCCUGACUUGUGGUCUCGGUCUGUUCAUCGACUGGAGGGCCUAUCGUAGCGAUACGCGAAUGGUUUUCUUCCAGGUCAUCGCUGCAUGCGGUAUAGGUCCAUUGUUCCAGGGCCCUCUUGUUGCCUUGCAGGCUCAUUUAAAACCUGUGGACAUCGCUACUGGUACUUCUGCUUUUGUGUAUCUCCGUAUGCUCAGCGCUGGUAUCAGUAUCAUUGUCGGUCAGGUCAUUUUCCAGAACGACAUGCACAAGAAGCUUCAAAUGUUUCGGGAUAUGGGUUUAGAGGAUACUCUUUCUGGGAUUCUCUCUACCGGGUUCGCAGUUUCGGCGUCUUCAGCUGUCGAGAGAUUAUCCGAAGGUUCACAAAAGGCUGUGAAAGAGGCUAUUACAGACAGUCUUUGUAGGAUGUGGACCUUUUAUACUAUUGUCGCUUUCCUCGGUGCUGUGGUUAGCAUAUUCAUCGCUGCCAAGGCUCCGAGCGCCAGACGUGACAAGGUGUUGGCUGAUGAGAAUCAUGGAAUCCACACUGGUACCAUUGCAGAUGAUCAUGGGGGAGUAGAUACGGCCUGA